CUCUGUUAGCACCUAGCUAGCAUAAUCGCUACAAAUAUCUCUAGGGAUCUAUUAUUAGAAAUCAGCUAAAUGAAAACAGCACCGGUGAAACGCAGUUACUCCAAACUUCCCGUCUGGAUUGUAGAAGAUCAUCAUGAGGUCGUGCAGCACAUCUACCGUGCCAUCGGCUCUCGGCACAUCCCGAUGAAGGACAUUAAGAUGGUUCACUUGGACUCGCACCCUGACCUGCUCAUCCCCGUCAGCAUGGCCGCACACACCGUGUUUAAUAAAGAAGCUCUGUUCAGUGAGCUGAGCAUCGAGAACUGGAUCAUGCCGAUGGUAUACGCCGGACACGUCUCCCACGUGGCCUGGCUCCAUCCCUACUGGGCUCAGCAGAUCCGAGAGGGCGAGCAUAAGAUGUGUGUGGGGAGGGACACGUCCACCAACACCAUCAGAGUCACUAGCACUGACGAUUACUUCCUGAGCGACGCCCUGUACGUCCCGGCUGAGCAGCUCGAAGACAGGAAGCCCUUCCACCUCAGCGUGAUCCGUGUGGAUCCAGCACAGACGUGUUCUGACGGAAACCAGGACGACCACCAGCAGAACGCUGAGAAGAAAUCCAAACCAGACCCUCACCUGGCGGGGAGAAGCGGCUCGUGCCGUGGCGUGUCUCAGGCAGCAGAUGGCAGCAGCAGCACAUCCGAGACGCCGAGUGUGCAGGACGAGACGGAGUCAGUCGUAGGCAGCCUACUGAGUGUACUCGAGCAGGACGAUCCCUACAUCCUCGAUAUUGACCUGGAUUUCUUCUCCUGUAAGAAUCCCUUCAAGGAAAUGUACACGCAGGAGGAGUUCUCCCUCCUGCAGGAGCUCUACAGGUUCGAGAGGCCGCGCACGAAUGCGGACGAGGAGGCGCUGUGUGAGUGUGUGGAGAGACGCACGCGGCAGCUGGAGGAUCUGGAGGCGACGUUCGCUGAUCUGCUGGAGGACGACAACGAGUCCACUGUGGAGCGCUUAGCGGAUAAGCCUGGGAUGAGCUCACUGGUUAAACUGGUCUACAGUCUGAAGAGUCGUAGCGAGACGCCCGACUACGAAAUGGUCCACCAGGCCGGACUGACCUGUGAUUACUCCGAACUUCCUCACCACGUCAGCAGUGAAGCGGAGAUCGAGCAGCUGAUGCGCGCAGUGCGUCUGGUCCUGCAGCCCCUCCCCAAACCCACCCUCAUCACCGUGUCCAGGUCGAGUAUGGAUGAGUAUUGCCCUCCUGAACAGGUCGAGUCCAUUCAGAGCAGCGUGCUGAAGGUUCUAGAAGCUCUCUUCGGUUCUUUAGACGUCCAUAAGGAGUACGGAGAAGCUGCUGGAGAAGCUGCUGGAGGAAACACCACCUAAUCAGCUUUCCUGCAGCUGUGUGAUGCACUCUGAGUGAACCAGCAUGGACUCUUUUGUGUGUGUGUGUGUGUGUGUGUGUGUGUGUGUGUGUGUGUGUGUGUGUGUGUGUGUGUGUGUGUGUGGAGCGGGUUGGAUAAAGAAUGGGAGAGACAGAAAGUGUAUGUUGAGUGUUUUUAAAUUGAAGCUCCUGUCUCUAUUUUUGUUCUCUGAAUUUGUUAUCAGUGAGAUAUAGUAGAAGUGCUCGUGCUGAACACACACACACACACACACACACACACACACGCAAUUUCUCAGAAACUGGGUGAUGGAUUUAUGUCACGCUGAUCUCCUGUGAAGGAACAGAGGGAAAUCUUUUCUCCCUGAAGCUUUAAUAUUGGACUAAAAAGUGAUAUUUUGUGUAAAUAUGUAAUAAAGUCAAACUGUAAAAGAGCGCAAAGAUUAAAAAACA